CGGCACCAGGACAAUCAGUUCAAUCAUUAACUUUAAGGUGUACAGUUGAUUUGUGACUUGUGUCUUUGUGCUACAAUGAAGUUCUUAAUCGUUGCUUUUGCCUUUGUUGGCAUCAUUCUCGCCGCCACCCGUGCCCAAGAGUUUGAUUUUGAAACCAGUGAACUUGAACCAUUCCAACAUGUUGCUGAUCAACAAGAGUUAAUGGGAUCUGAAUCGGAGAUGCUCGGAUCCGUUUAUGCUCCACCAGCAUACCCAGCACCAGCACCAGCAUCAUACGCACCUGCACCAGCAUACAGCCCACCAGCACCAGCAUACAGCCCACCAGCACCAGCUUAUCCAGCUCCAGCCCCUGCUUACGCUCCUGCUCCAGCACCAUACGCCGCUAACCAUGCAUACGCUCCAGCCCCUGCCUACGCUCCAGCUCCAGCUUACGCUCCAGCACCUGCCCCGUAUGCUCCGAAACCAGCCUACGCCGCUCCAGCCCCUGCUUACGCUCCUGCUCCAGCACCAUACGCCGCUAACCAUGCAUACGCUCCAGCCCCUGCCUACUCUCCAGCUCCAGCUUACGCUCCUGCCCCAGCACCAUACGCCGCUAAGCCUGCAUACGCUGCACCAGCUUAUAGUCCACCUGCACCAGCUUAUGCUCCUGCACCUUAUGCUCCAAAACCAGCCUACGCCGCUCCAGCCCCUGCUUACGCUUCUGCUCCAGCACCAUACGCCGCUAAGCCUGCAUACGCUCCAGCCCCUGUCUACGCUUCACCAAAAGCCUACGCCGCACCAGAAUAUCCCGCUCCAGCUUAUGCACCAAAAUGCAAGUGA